AUGUUCUUGUCACGUACUGCAACAGCUGCUUUGAAAACCAAUGCCUGGUCGGUUAGCAAGUUUAACUCGCUCCGUACCAUUACCACUGCGAGUCCCAGCAUUACCCAGGCUUUCAGCGCUGAAAAGAACGCUAAUGGAAACUAUCUCGUCACUUUGAUUCCCGGCGAUGGCAUUGGUCCCGAAAUCUCACGUUCGGUUAAAGAGAUUUUUGCCGCUGCAAAGACCCCGGUUGAGUGGGAAGAAGUGGAUGUAACGCCUGUAAUCAAGGACGGAAAGACCGCUAUCCCGGACGAGGCUAUUGAAAGUGUCCGUAAGAGCACGGUGGCUCUUAAGGGUCCUCUUGCCACUCCGAUCGGCAAGGGCCACGUUUCUCUCAACUUGACUCUCCGUCGUACCUUCAAUUUGUAUGCGAAUGUUCGUCCUUGCCGUUCAGUAGUCGGUUAUAAGACUCCUUACGAAAAUGUCGAUACUGUCUUGAUCCGUGAAAACACUGAAGGUGAAUAUUCCGGUAUCGAGCAUGAGGUUGUCAAUGGCGUCGUCCAGUCUAUCAAGUUAAUUACAAGGGAAGCUUCUGAACGUGUUGCACGUUAUGCUUUCAGUUAUGCACAGUCAACAGGACGCGACCGUGUCACAGCUGUGCACAAGGCCAAUAUUAUGAAAUUGGCUGAUGGUCUAUUCUUGGAUGUUUGCCAUCAAGUGGCCAAGGAGUUCCCCGACAUCAAAUUUAAUGACGUGCUUUUGGAUCGCGCGUGUCUUCACAUCGUUUCCGACCCUGCUUUGUAUGCUGACACUGUCAUGGUGAUGCCCAACUUGUAUGGUGAUAUCUUGUCAGAUAUGUGUGCUGGUUUGAUCGGUGGCCUUGGUUUGACUCCUUCAGGUAACAUUGGCCGCGAUGCUUCCAUCUUUGAAGCUGUUCAUGGCACCGCUCCUGAUAUUGCUGGUCAAGACAAGGCCAAUCCUACCGCUUUGUUAUUAUCCGGCAUCAUGAUGUUGCGUCAUAUGCGCUUGAAUGAACAGGCUCAGAACAUCGAACAGGCUGUCUUUAAGACUAUCGCUGAGGGCGAGGCCUUGACAGCUGACCUUGGAGGAAAGUCAACCAACACCGAGUACACCAACGCCGUUAUCAAGAACUUGAACUAA